GCUUAGCGGCAGACUGCAGCUUUUUGACCCAGCGCGACGCACGAGCGGACAUCUGAGCCAUGGAUGCAGAGGAGAGACCCUCCGCCGAUCGGGCCGUGCAGCUCCUGGACAUCAGCUCCAAAUCGGCCCCUGCUGAACCCAAAGGUGCGCUAGAGUCCGGCCAGCCGGAGAAGCCGCCGUAUUCAUACGUGGCUCUCAUCGUGAUGGCCAUCAAGGAGAGCCAAGGCAAGAGACAAACCCUGGGCGGAAUAUACGAGUACAUCAUCUCCAACUUCCCCUACUAUGAGAAGAACAAAAAAGGAUGGCAGAACAGUAUCAGGCACAAUUUGUCUCUCAAUGAGUGUUUCGUCAAGGUGCCCAGGGAAAGCGGAGGGGACAGGAAGGGCAGCUACUGGAUGCUCGACCCAGCAUUUGAGGACAUGUUCGAGAAGGGGAACUACCGGCGGCGCAGGAGGGUGAGGAGACCCUACAGACCUCCAAGUGUGCCUUACCUGACCGGGAGCCCCCUGGACUAUCCCGAGCCGCUCUACCUGCAGCCUUACGUGAGCUCCUGGGGUCUGUGCCAGCCCGGCUCGUCCCAGCCGACCGGAUACCCAUCAUCCCAGGUCAUGGCCGGGAGCACCCGCAGCGCGUCCCCCAGCCGCCCGGUGAGCUCCUACUGCCCGCCCCCGCUCUUCCACCACCACCCUGCCUACGGCGCGUACCACCGCCACCCGCCCGUGCUGGUCCCCCACAACGGGUGUCCCUACGGCGGGGUGACCCAGCCUAUGAGCCCAGACGGAGGCACCGUUUCCGUGGCAAGCAGCUACCAGCAGUUCACCUCCUAUGCGAGGCAAUCGGAGGCGCCGCUCGCUCAUACCUUUGACCUGUAAGGUUUUCAGUUGUUCCGACCCCCCCUGACUCUUACAUUCACGUGUUCACCGUUUUAACCCGGCUGUCAUUCGUUUGUCAGGCAAAGUUAAUUGUCUGGUAGUUUGAUAAGUUGCAAAUUCCUUCACUGUUAACUGUUAAAUAUGCUGUUGGUUAACUUUUUUUUUGACAGCCUACAGUUUCAAAUGAAAUACUGUUAGCACUCAAUGCAUUUUGCUUCAGAAAUGGCACCGGUCAAGUGUGAACUGCAGGAAGACAGCUAAUUUCAAGUCUGACCUUAGUUUAUGCCUCUUUUGUUGGACAAUUAUUUUUAUUAUAAUUAUUUUGCAACCAAAUGAGCUAGUUUCUUUUCUUUGUGUGUGUGUUUGUGUUUUGUUGUUAUUAUUUGUGUUUUAAUAGUUUCGUUAGUUAGGAAUAGACCUAUGCAUUUGUGACUAUUUAUUUCUUUUCUCUGGGUUUAUCCCAUUCUCCGAGCUGCUAUGCAACAGGUGACACUGAAGCACUGAUCAGAUUUCUUAUUCGAUUGUGAAUGUUUACUUGAUGUAAAAUACAUCAUAUUUGUUCAAAUAAAAUGUUAUUUUUGCAUCAAAUAC